AGGGCUCACGUGACACUGCGGUCACGUGACCCGGGCCCCUCGGGAGCCGAGGCACCAGUUCCAGCUCCCGCAGUCGGAGAGGGCCGGGUGCGCCCAGCCCCCAGCGCGCCGCGAUCAUGCUGUCUCGCCUGCUGAAAGAACACCAAGCCAAGCAGAACGAACGCAAGGAGCUGCAGGAGAAGAGGAGGCGAGAGGCUAUCACUGCAGCGACCUGCCUGACAGAAGCUUUGGUGGAUCACCUCAAUGUGGGUGUGGCCCAGGCCUACAUGAACCAGAGAAAGCUGGAUCAUGAGGUGAAGACCCUACAGGUCCAGGCUGCCCAGUUUGCCAAGCAAACAGGCCAGUGGAUCGGGAUGGUGGAGAACUUCAAUCAGGCACUCAAGGAAAUCGGGGAUGUGGAGAACUGGGCUCGGAGCAUCGAGCUGGACAUGCGAACUAUUGCCACCGCACUGGAAUACGUGUACAAAGGGCAGCUGCAGUCUGCCCCCUCCUAGCCCCUCUUCCCUUUCCUCUGCCCCACCCCUCCUAUCUCCCCCAGGGUGGGGCAGGAGACAAGAAUAAAACACAAGCCUCCA